ACAGAACCUAUUUCAAUGUGCUAGAGGAUCAUUUUUAAUCUGAACGGAACCACUUUUUGCUUUCUUAGCCAAAGCACCAAAAUGUCCAGUUAGAACAAGAAUUUAGCCUUCUGCAAAAGAAGUUAACAGCCAAGGAAACAUUCUGAAAUGGAUCUCAAGUAUUUCAUCUUAAUUUUGUUUUGUGGACACCUGAAUGAUACUUUUUUCUCAGAGACAGAAGCAACUACAACAGAGAGGCAACCACAAUCUACUUUAUUUAGACCAUCAAUGCCAUAUAUCUCGGUGAAUUCUCAGGGCACGACAGAGAAUCCUUCAAGUCAACCAACACAAUUCAACAACCUAUCUUCUGGACAACCAAUAACAACUGCCAAAAUUGCUGCUGGACAACCAACACCACUUGCCUAUGCUUCUUCUGGGAAACCAGCAGCACAUACUUCUCCUGGACAACCACUUGUCUAUAAUGUCACCAGAAAAACAAUACAAAUAGCCAACACCUCCUCCCAAGGAACAGCACUGCCUGUGUUUACCUCUGCCAUACAGCUAUCACCAUCUGCCUAUUCUUCUACCAGACAAUCACCACCAUCAGUUUCUACUCCUACUCAACAACCAUCAUCUACCCACACCUCUUCCAGGAAAUCAAUAUCCCCGACUGUUCAUAAUAUAUCCAUACAACCAACACCAACUGUCAAAAGUUCACCUAGGAAGACACCAGGAUUCAACUUCGAAUUUAGCCGUACAACAAAUAUCCCAAAGGAAGCCAAUUAUGCUUAUUCAAUACCAGCCAUAUUAAUUGGUGCAAUUCUGACUACUAUGUUGGUAGUUGUACUCAUGAUUGUAUUAUGGCAAUGUUUGCGAAAACCAGUGUUAAAUGAUCAAAAUUGGGCAGGUAGGUCUCCGUUUGCUGAUGGCGAAACCCCUGACAUAUGUUUGGAUAACAUUAGAGAAAAUGAAGCAUUCCCAAAACGUUCAUCAAUUAUUUCACUUAUGGUCUGGAAACCAAGCAAAAGUGCACUUUUAGCAGAUGACUUAGAAAUUAAGUUGUUUGAAUCAAAGGAAAACACUGAAGAUUCUAACAAUCCCAAAACAGAGAGAAUAAAAGAUCAGGCAAAUGGUACAUCAGAAGACAGUGGUGAUGGAUCAACAAUCGGCACGGCUGUUUCCUCUUCAGAUGACGCAGAUCUGCCUCCACCACCUGCUUCCCUUCUUGAUACCGAAGGACAGGAGGGGAACAAAUCCGAAAAACCCACGAUGAUAACUGAAUCUCCGCAUCCAAACGAUUCUGCCAAUCUCCCAGCAUCUCUAGAUUGUCUCAAUCAAAUCUCUGAACAUCACAAUUCUGAAUCCAAACAGUCAUUUCCACCUCCCCCUGACUCAUUUAACUUGACUGUGCCACCAGGAGAUUUUAUGAAAAACCAGGAAGAUUGCAACAAUGAGAUCCAAUGUCAGGAAUUUCCUAUUCCUCCUGACUUUGAUCAAGAUCUCAUUGAAUCUCUGCCACCCCCACCUGCAGAACUGUAAUAAAUAUUACUACUUGCUUUUAAACUGA